GCUGCAUCGUGCAUGUAUGAUAUCGGUUAUCUUCGCGACUCGGUUGCAUUCGGCGGUCAGUCCUUCCGCAUCCGUCGCCAGGAGAGCGGAUGAAAUCGGCGUCGGCAGCGGCGGCAAGCAGGAAACGAACGGUUCACGGUUGUAAUUAGUCGGCUGGCUAACGGCCUUGAACCCCGCAAUCACGGCGCGCGAUUCGAGUAUACGAUUAUCGCGAUACAAUAGAAUUGAACGGCGAGUUUCUCAGUCGGCGCGCGUCGCGAGUCGGCCGGCGCGCUCGUAAAACUUGAAUCCUUCUCGACCCAGCGUCAGACCUUCUCCCUUCCCGGCUGCUCUCGCCGAAGGGAUGCCGCAGGACACGAUCAAAGGGAACUCGGGGUCGUCCACGUCGCCUCCAUUCCUGCAGUUCACCGAUGGUGGAAUUAGAGUCAAUUUCGCUGGGUUCCACGCUCAAGCUGGAUUAGGCGGUAUCCUAGGGGGAACGGGGACAGGGGGUGGGCUUCACGCGAGCGCCGGAACACCAUGGGGUGCCUCUGCCGCAGCUGGAUUGGGUGGAGCGUUGGAUGGCAAUAAUGGAACUGCCAAAGGCGGGUUGUACGCGUCAGCGAGGUCCGGCUUCGGGCCGUCCGCGGCGGCCCAAUUGAGCGGUUCAACUGGCCCGGCCCAGGAUACAUAUCCGAACGAAAAUGGCGGCCAGAAACCUCCGAGCAGCGCGUCGACGACGGGAUCCUUCGAAAGUUCGAGUAGGGGUCGAUCGAACAUUCAGAUCAUCUCGCGAAAGACGUCCGCCCCGCAGCUCCAGGUAAUACACGUAAAGCAGUCAAAACCAGUAGCAGCCAGUGUAACAACAAACAUUUCCGGCUCCGUUGAAGCGGAACCGGCUCUGGCAUCAGCGGUAUCUCCGGUGGGAAAAGUGAAGACAAUAACAAAAAUUAAGACUGUCGAGCCAGCUCCCCCUGUGCCUCUCCUAUCGAGCCAAAACAACGAAGUGGUACCGGUCGGUAACAGCCAAGAGGUGACAGUCGUGUAUCCGAAACGGGCCUUCAGGAAAAGACUGUGGUGGCCUAGAAAGCAGAUCGUCUACAGCAGUACGGUGGAGACUGAGGAUCCUUCGACCGCGGACACUCAGCAGAUCGCCCGUCGACAGGCUCAAGGAGCCGGGCAUAGUUCGAUCGUGGUGAAAACGAACAGUCAGCCAGCGCAGACCACCAACGAAAAUCAUGGAUUGUUCGACGACAUCUUUAAUAUACCGAUAUCGACGCUAAACGCUGUCAACCGAUUAUUAAACAAUAACGUCGGUUAACUCGCAGUAUUACGUGCGCUCGAAAUUCUCACCGUCUAUUGCGUAAUUAUAGUGCGUAGCUUUUUGGUAAUGGAAUUUUAUAUAUUGGUAUUAAAGGAAACAUUUUGUAUGCGUUUUUAUAGAACACCUUGAAAAUAAAAUAUCCGACUCGACACCUUUAUCCCCUAUCUUCUCUUAAACCGUUGCGCCUUUAUUCCUUUUAACACUUUGACUGCCACGUGAACACUCAUCAAAACUCCCAUGUACUCGAAACAGUUUUCUCCAUUAACCAGAAACUGAGAAAUCAAGAUUCUUAAUAAUAGCUCCACCAUCUUUCUUAUAUCUCAUAUAUCCAACAAAAUUCGUUCGAAACGUCAUGAAAAUUAAUGUCCACGUUUCUGUAAAAAAUGUCACCCGAAUUCGGAUGACGUGGCAGUCAAAGUGUUAAACGUGCCUCCAUUUUGUAUUUUCUACGAUCCCCUCAUGAAUGUAUAACAUUAUUGUAAAUAAAUAAAUACUUUAAGGAUA